AUGUUAAAAUUGCAUGCUUAAUCAAUCAAGAUGGCUUCUCUUUUAUUUGUUUUGAUUUCUCCCCUAAAAGGCAGUAUAUCUAUUUAUUCACAAUUUGAUAAGGGAAUGAGCCUGCUUUUCUAAUUUAGAAUUUAUAGAAUGAAAACCUAUAAGCUUAAAUUGAAAGUAAAAACUAUUGUCGAAAAUAAUAACUUGCAAAGGAAGUUAAGUUUAAAACAAAGAAAAGUUAUGCUGCUUUUUAAUUAAGACUAUAUUUAGAAUUAUUUGAUUGAUUUGGGUCAAUAUAACAGUCAAAAUAGCAGAACUUAAAAUGAGAUAAAACAAUAGAAAUAAUAUUAAUUAGAAUAAUUUCUUCUUCCUUCAAUUUCCUCAUAACUUGUAAUUAUAUUAAAAUAAAUUUAAGGCGAUUUUAACCAAAUUGAAAAAGGAGAAAAUUAUUUUGGGGUGACAACUAAAUUAAUAAUGAAGAGAACUAAUAAUAUUAGAGACGAUUAAAAAUAAUAAUUAAUGAGUAUAGCUUCUUUGAUUUGA